CUGUCAGUUGUGUUCCUCAUUCUCGUCAAAAUCGGCUGUUGCAGAUUCGACUAUAAGCGAUUAGCAGCUCAGAACUUUGAGAUCUCAGUCAAUGUAUGGAACUAUGUAAUAUAAAUAAGUCUUGUUCUCCCUAACAGAAAUCAUAUAUCACAGCGUAAAGUGUACUGCCUUGCACAUUGGUAACUGUGUCGGUGAUGGUAAGGUUGACUGAGUAGGCUACUUUGGGUAACCUACACCUAAAUAGGUUUGUUGUUUUUAACGAUUUUUAUUGCGAAGUUUCCUCUUCCCAAAGUUCACCUAUCAUUGUGUGUGAAAGAGCAUAUUUGGAAGCAUCCAGGACAGCGCUUUCUUUCAUGGAGAGGUAGGGCUGCUGCUGGCAAUCUGUGAAACUGAUCGGACUUGUUGCGCGAAAAACACGUCCCUCGGGAAUGUAUAGUAUUUUGGGUUAAACCCGUUAUCAAAACCAAUUUACAUUCAAGUCUGCGCGUCAGUGGUGUUUUGAUUUCCCAACAUUUCCGACUGUCUGUGGUGGGUGUUCCCCACCCAAUUAUUUUAUUCUAUCCCAGAUAGUAGACUAUACAGGUCGACUUUGUGGACACUGGAGAGACUGGAUGUGAUGGACUAAUUAAGGACAUUUAAGUAAUUAACCUACCUGACUGCCGGACCGGGGACGCUCUAACGGACUAACGGAACCGCCCGAGGCCAGAUGAGCUGGAGUCGAGUUCCGUGGUUCAUGUUUUUGGAAAGGCGCAGCAGACCCCCCAAUACCCGGGCACUUCUGUAAAUAAAUGGCACCCAUAAACAACCAACGACGAACGCAGACUUCCUCCGAGGCAAUACGUAAAAUUGAGUGAUUUCCUAACCUGAACUUGAACUUGGGCUUCUGUUGAGAAGAUGUCGGAGCAAGAGCGUUAUGGUGACGGGCUGUGCGAUGAUGGCGCUCCUGAGAUCAUCCCGCCGAGAGCGUCCAGGACAGGCAGGCGGAGCGGAGUCAUCCUCCCCGGCCAGGACAACGACAUCAUCGUCCUGGAGGCAGUGAGGGCAGCCCCCCGCAGGAGCAGCAUAAUCAAGGAUCCUUCAAUGCACAAGUUGGCCGGCGGGCGCAAGAAGACAGUGUCCUUCAGUAGCAUACCCUCAGAGAAGAAGGUGAGCAGCGCGGCCGACUGCCUGGCCUUCAUGCAGGGGGGCUGUGAGCUGAAGAAGGUACGUCCCAACUCCCGGGUCUACUGUCGUUUCUAUACCCUAGACCAGGACCUCAGCUGCCUGCGCUGGGAGCCCUCUAAGAAGGAUGGGGAGCGCGCCCGCCUGGAUAUGGCCACCAUUAGGGAGGUUAGGACGGGGAAGAGCACUGAGACCUUCCUCCAUAACGGACCUGCUGCAGAACACCUGGCUGAGGAGGCUGCCUUCUCCAUCAUCCACGGGGAUGACUACCAGUCUCUGGACCUGGUGGCUCUCUCAGCUGACGUGGCCAACGUCUGGGUGACGGGGCUCCGUUACCUGGUGUCCCACCCCUCUGCCAUCGGGCAUGGAGGGGGGGCAGGCGGGGGAGGAGGUCUGGGAGAGGGUAGCCUCGGCAGUAAGAUGAGGAGUGAAUGGCUGGCCGCAGAGUUUGCAGAGGUGGAUGAAGACGGGUAUGGGAUCGUCGCAGAGGAUACGGCCGUGGCAACCAUCUGUAAGCUGUGUCCUGGCAUCAAGGAGGCUAAGGUGCGUCUGAGGUUCAAGGAGAUCCAACGCAGCAAAGAGAAGCUGACGUCUCACGUGACGCGCGAGGAGUUCGAGGAGGCCUUCUGCGAGCUAUGCACGCGCCCAGAUGUCUAUUUCCUAUUGGUCCAGCUCUCUAAGGACCGUGAGUGUCUGGACGCCCAGGACCUUCGUCUCUUUCUGGAAACGGAGCAGGGCCUGUCUCUGGCCACAGCUGAGGGCUGUUUGGAGCUGGUCCUACGGUUUGAGCCCUCCAGACCCGGCCGAGAGAGAGGCUUGCUGGGGCUCGACGGCUUCGCCCGCUAUCUGCAGUCUCCAGAGUGCCAGCUGUUUGACGUGGAGCACCAGGGAAUGUGUCAGGACAUGAGCUUGCCCUUGUCCCACUACUACAUCAGUACCUCCUAUCGGUCCUAUCUCCUGGAUGAUCAGGUCCAUGGGAGGGCAGAUCUAGGGGGUUUGACCAGGGCUCUCCAGGCCGGGUGUCGGUGCCUGGAGCUGGGGGUGACAGACGGCCCAGAGGGGGAGCCUCUCCUGGGGGUAGACCAUGGUCCUGAUGCCCACCGCCACCACCACCACCACCACCACCACGCCCCUGUCACCAUCCGCAGUGCCCUGGAGGUGGUGAAUAAGUACGCCUUCCUGACCUCGCCCUACCCGCUGCUGCUCUAUCUGUGCCAGCGCUGUUCCCCCUCCCAGCAGCGUACCUUAGCCCAGCACCUGAGGAAGGUGUUCUCAACACGUCUUUACACCCCUGAGGCCCUGCCGGUCAGCCUGGUGGGGCGAGCCACCACCCUGCCCUCCCCAGAGCAGCUGAAGGGCCGGGUGCUGCUGGUGGGGAAGAAGCUACCCCCUGAAGAGGAGGGGUCUGAGGGAGAGGUAUCAGAGGAGGACGAGGAGAUAGGGGGAGGCGGACCCUUGGCUGGCCGGCGAAUGACCAUCCCCGGAGAGGAGGAACUGGGCGUGGUUUUAGUGGUGCCCCCGCCCCCUCAGCCCAGGAGACUCCGCCUCCAACGCGAGCUCUCAGAUCUGGUGUGCGUGGCUAGAACCGGAAGCCGUAGCUUCUACAACCACCGAGAAAAGAGGAAACAAGGACAGCAGCACUCCCCACCCAGCACCCCCUCAACCCCGGGCACGCCCUUACUCCCUGACUCAGCCUAUUGGACUCUGUGCUCCCUGGGGGAGGGAGAAGCGGGCCGGCUGGCCAGUGAGAGCCCAGAGGAACUAGUAGGCUUCACCAAGCGUACCCUGACCCGUGUCCGGCCCAGCUCCGUCCGCCUGGACUCCUCCAACCCCAACCCUCAGGGGUACUGGAAGGGCGGGGUCCAGCUAGUGGCCCUCAACCAGCAGACUCCCGGGGCCAUGCUGGACCUCCACAGGGGCCGCUUCACCCAGAACGGGGGCUGUGGCUUUGUGCUGCGCCCAGGGGUCAUGAGAGACGAGGUUUCCUACUUCAGUGCCGUGACCCAGGGCUGUGUGCCCGGCGUGCCCCCUCAGACCCUAAGGGUGAAGGUGAUCAGCGCCCACAACCUGCCCAAGCCACAGGGCGCUGGUGCUAAAGGAGAGGUUAUAGAUCCCUAUGUGGUUCUGGAGCUGCAUGGGGUACCGGCGGACUGUGCUGAACAACGGACCCGGACCGCCGCACAGAACCAGGAUGGCCCACUGUUUGAUGAGACCUUUGAGUUUCAGGUGAACAUGCCAGAGUUGGCCCUCCUCCGCUUCGUGGUAUUGGACGACGACUACAUUGGAGACGACUUCAUUGGGCAGUACAGUGUGGCAUUCGAGUGCCUUCAGCCAGGCUACCGCAACGUACCCCUGCUGGGUCUGGCGGGAGACCCCUUGCCCCACGCUAGCCUGUUCGUCCAUGUUGCCGUGACCAACCGACGAGGGGGGGGCAAGGCCCAGAGGAAGGGUCUGUCUGUGCGGAGAGGGGUGCGGCGGGGACGAGAGUACGUGACCCUACGGAACACGGGUAUUAAAGCUCUGGAUGAUACGUUCCGUCCCGCUUGCACUCAUCUCAGGGAGGCCACCGACCUGCGGGAGGACGCACAGAGUGCCAGUGUGAGUUUCAAAGAGCAGUGUGGACUCCCCCCGGUGGCCAAGCUGAAGCAGUGCAUCCAGAGCCUGGCCACACGGCUGCAGACCCCAGAGGGGCCCCCGGGGGCCAGCAUGAUCCUGAGGGAUGGCUACCCCCACCUGGAGGCCCUGGGCAGCAUCACCGAGGUCACGCGCAAACUACUGAACCACUAUGAUACGAUGAUCUCGGCCAAGAAGCAGCUGAUCGAGAAUGCAGACACUGUGCAGGAGAGGAUCGCCCAGGUGCAGAGAGAAGGAAUGGAGUUCCAUGAGGAGCUUCCCAGGCUGGGAGAGAAGGAGGGGCUGAAGGGACACAAGCAGAGCAAAGCCCUGGAGAGUUUCACCUGGAACAUCACUGUACUGAAGGGUCAGUGUGAUCUCCUGCGCAGUGCCAAGUCAGACUCUCUGGAUGCUCUGAGACAGUUGGCCCUGGCCUGUGAAGCCUGUGGCCUCACCUCCACCACCUCCUCCUGCACCUCCAUUGGUCCCUCUGAUCUCUUCUGCGCCUCCCACAGCAGGAAGGGCAACUCCCAGGAGAGGAGAGGAAGCACCCAGGAGAGGAGGGCGAGUACCCAUGGCAAUGGACGAAUCUGA